CCCGCAGAAUGCGAGUAUUCUAUAAUUAAUCACCACCGAGUAGGAUUUCUGAAGAUAAGAGAAGGGACCAAUAAGAGCAGGAGGAAUGUCCACGUGUCGCUACACGGAAUCUUGUCUGGUCAAAAGCGCAGCAGAACAAACAAACAAAAAUCGAGUGUGGAGAAAUUUGAGAAGAAGAAGAAGAAAUUAUCGGUGUGCUUCGAUGGCGAUGACAGUAGCAGCUUCGUCCUCUAUGGCAGUGAUGAUUCCACGUGUCCCCUCCAUCUCCGCCCGCUGCUCUGCCGUCCCUUACCUUCCUCCUCGCUCUUUUGGCCGAUCCUCUUUCACUGUUCCGGUGAAGCUACUUUCAGGGAAUGGUUUACACAAGGUAGAAUUGAUGAAGACGAGAGCUUCUUCAUCAGACGAGACCUCAAUAGCCAUUGACACCAACGAACUCUUCACAGACUUGAAGGAAAAGUGGGAUGGUCUUGAGAACAAGUCGACUGUAAUAAUCUAUGGAGGAGGAGCCAUUGUUGCUGUUUGGUUAUCUUCCAUUGUUGUUGGUGCCAUCAACUCUGUUCCUCUGCUUCCUAAGGUUAUGGAACUUGUUGGUCUCGGGUACACAGGAUGGUUCGUCUACAGAUACCUUCUCUUCAAGUCAAGCAGAAAGGAGUUGGCUGAGGAUAUUGAUUCCUUGAAGAAGAAGAUCGCUGGGACUGAAUAAAUUCAUUUCAAAUAUAAAACCAGCUUUCUUUCUGAGGAUUUCUUUGUAAUAUGAUUGUUAUACAAUCUAUAUAUAUAUAUAUGUUUCAACAAUGUUAUCUUCUGCAGUCUGAAACUAUUCUCUUACUGGGCA